AUGAUCCGAGUGCUCCUCCAAGAUUGCCACGCGACACUUCGCAAGAACCGUCAAAGGAUUGACCAAGAAAAGACCAGAUGCUGUGAGUUCAUGGGUGAGAUCGGCAUAAAUCUGCUCCUGCUGAGGAUAGCUGAACAAGCCCGCGAACAGACAAUGAUAAGCGACGCCACACUGGAGAACAAAUUCCAAAAGCUGCCCAAUCCAACGUCGCCCAGAAACGACAAACUGGCGCGCAACCUGUGGUCAAAGGAGCUGAAGAAGGAUCAGAUUCAGGUUUUAAGGCACGAAACUUCAUUUAACACGACUGACGCCAAACCUGUUAACAUGAUUGCAGCAGUGGAAUCAAUCCUUUCUCAGACGGAGGCAACGGAGGAGACAAAGAGCCUCAUCCGACACCAAGUGUGGUCUCUCCUAAUGGUCCACAGGCCGCGAGAAGUGCUUUCCAAGGUCGAACGUGAUGCGCUUAGAGAACUCAAGACCGACAAAGACUUGGUCAUCGUGCCAGAGGACAAGGGGCGCUGCACGGUUGUACUGGAAAGGACAGACAUCCUUCAAAAAGCGAACAGCUUACUGGAGAACCGACAUUUCUAUGCCCCAUGUGCAAUGAACCCUGUCAAAGCGCUGACACGCGAAAUCAAUGCUACGUUGUUUACUUGGAGAACUCGGGUGCAAUAA